AUGCUACGAAGUAUAACAUCCACUAUAAUUCAAACUCGUAAUGCGCAGCAGUUAGUUAAACCAUUAGUAAAUAUAAAUUGGGUAAAACCAGAGUAUGUACCAGCAUAUAAACCAGAAAAAUCUGGCGACUUAGAAGGUUUACCUGAGAUACCUAUUAAUUCUCUGCCUGAAGAGUAUAAAUUAAGUAAAGAAUUAAAAGAUGCACCGGAAUCGGUUAAAAAGAUUUUUUCAGUAGAACAUCUAGGUAAAAAAGAGUACAAUGUUCUUGUAAAAAAAGUAUUAGUAGACCGAGUGAGAAGGCAUCAGUAUGACAGCAACACUGCUGAAUCUAGAAUUGCUAGAAUCACAGGACACAUUCGCUGUUUGCAGGAUACUAUGGAAAAAUUUCCUAGAAAUGUAAAAGCUAAGCAAACUGUUCAAGAAUUAAUAGACAAGAGAAAAAAGUUAUUAAAAUACAUGAGACAGUAUGAUUAUAAGAAAUUUGAAUGGCUGCUGGAGAAGCUUAAUUUAGAAUACAAAGCACAUCCUGAUUCCUUCCAUAAACUUACACGUAAAGAAUCUCUACGUAAACUAACUGAGAUGCAUUGUGAAGAUAUUCGUCAAAAGAAACUGGCAGACUAUAGAAAUCUCUUAGAAAGCCAACAAGGUCCUUUCCUUCAACAAAAGCUUGACGCCUUGAAAUUUAUAAGAAGUGAACAAAUUGAAUUACAGUUACCAAUAACGGUCACUGAACAAGAUAUUAAAAAAGUGGAAGAGCAGUAUCAGGAUUGGAAAAUUAAGGAUGAUCUUAAACAGGAAGCUAAGAAAAAGAAGAAAAAUUUACUUUUAGAU